AGUUUAGGAGGACAAUUGGUGAGCCCAAAAGUUCGGUGUAAAUCGUGUUGGUUCGUAUCAAUUGCUGUCAACCUUCAAAUUUAGAAAGGAAUAUACGGAAUACGUUGAAAGCAAUGGCUGCUCUCCGAUGCGCCGUCUUCACAUCUCCGUCGACUAUUCUUCCGUCGUACUCCUCCACCGGUAAAAGAGUCUCCUUCAAAGUUAUCCGCUGUUCUUCUCCGGUCUCAAUUCCACUCUCGUCGUCAAAAAGGAAAAACUACCUGCGACGCAAAAUCCUCAGAACCCUAGGUCCUCCCAAGCCCCAGGAGAUCGAAACGCCGCGAAUAGUUCCUCCAAACGACGACGUUUUCACCAAGAAGGAGGAUGAUGAUGUAGAGGAGCUUAGCUCGGUUGUUGCGUCGAGCGAGGUGAAUGGUGUGUUAAGUAAGCUCUCUCCGAAGCUAGUAGCCAAGUACGGGUUGUGUUUGGUCGGAGUGUUCGCUUUUCAGACAGUUUGCGCUGUUUUGUUUCUGGGAAACGAGAAAACGCAGGAAAGUUCAAGUCUUUCGUUGGAUCUAAACGGGAAAAACGAGGCAAGAGAUGACGAUGUGGUGGUUUCGCUAGAGGAUAUUGAGAUGAAUGAGAAGAUUGCGGAGAUUAGAAUGAUGGCACGGGAAGCACGUAGAAGCGAGGAGAAGAGUGGUGGUGGUGGUGAUAGAGAGGAGGAUGGAGCGUUGAAUCCUGGUGGAGGGGUUGAGAUUGAGAAGGAGAUAGAAGCGAGGUUGUCUAACAUUGAGAGACGGUUGAAUUCGCAGAGGAAAGGGUUGGCGGGGUUACGCGUGGAGCCGUUGGAUGAGUCUAGAGAUGAUGAGAAGAGUUUGAUGUUUGAGAAGAAGUACAAGUUUAAAGGCGAGAAGCCCCCCAAGGGUAACGUCAAAGGCUUUGGUGGAAGUAAUGAGCAAAAUGGCAAUGUUAGUGACUCACGAGAUGGUUUGAAGAAUGCUGGAGAAGAGUCAAAAGUGGCAGGGCCUUCAGAUUCCAAGAUGAUUUCCGGUGCUGCUCAGGGGUCUGAGCAAAGGCGACCAUCAAACCAAGUUAUGAAGUCAAGCAGUUCCGAAAAUCGAAAACCAAAUACUGAAGCUGGUUCUGGAUUUAGUAGGAUUGGCCAACAUGGAGAAGUCAGGAAAGGAGGAAACACGAUGAGAAGAGUUAAGGAGAAACAGAAUAAAACGUGGUGGCUUAAGCUUCCCUAUGUGCUGAGAAUUCUUAUGCGGAGUAGUAUCGACCAAGAAGUAUCUGAGGGAUACUUUACUAUGAGGACCGAACCUAUGGAACAAAACAAGGGCCAAGUUUCACACAUGAUUGCAUUCGAGGAUCAAACUGAUGCAACAAACUUCUCUUAUCUGCUCGAGUCAGUUUUUGAAGACUUGGAUGAUUUCAGUGCCAAUGUAGUUCCCAUAUCAACCAAGGAUCUUUAUAACGAAGUAAGUUCCGGUGGCAAGAAUGUGAUUGUGGUGAAGAAGAGGCAGCUAAAGCUGUAUGCUGGACAACCAUUUGAAGAUGUUGAAACAGCCCUCCAUACUCUGAUCCAAGAACAAUGAUAGACAGACAUGUUACUUUAGACUGUGGAAAACUAGAGAUGAAUAAACUAUGUGGAUGAACAGAGGAGGCAGUAACAACAAGCAGCCAAGUCACAGCGACGACUUUUUCUUCAUGGAGCUUGAUGAAUUAAUGAGCCUAUAUAGAAUGUAUCAUUAUCUAAUAUCUGUAUACGUUUGUCAUUCUUUUCCUCUCCCUUGUGAUAUUACGUGUCAAGAAGAAAUAAUCAUUUGAUGCA